CUGCUUCCCCCCCAUGGAGGCUCAGGCAUAAAUCUGCCACCACCGCAAAGUGGUUCAGGCAUAAAUUUGCCCCCACCUCAAGGCGGUACAGGCUUGAAUCUGCCACCACCGCAAGGGGCAGCAGGAAUGACUCUGCCACGCCCCCAAGUGGGCACAGGUAUUAAUCUGCCUCCACCCCAAGGCAGUACAGGUAUGAAUUUGCCUCCCCCUCAGAGUAGCGCAGGACUGAGUCUUCCGCCCCCCCAGGGAGCACGCCCUCAAAGUGGUACUGGAAUGACCCUGCCUUCGUCACCAAAUACUGCUGGAAUGAACCAACCUCCACCCCCAGGCACAACUGGAAUUAAUUUGCCUCCGCCGCAAGGUGGUUCUGGGCUCAAUUUUCCACCACCUGGCCACGGAAUAAACCUCCCUCCGCCUCACAUUAGCUCUGGACUAAAACUGCCUCCACCACAGGGUGGCCAGGGGUUAAAUAUUCCUCCUCCACAACUCAGUCCUACCUCCGCAAGCGGAUUGGACCAUCGGAUGCCUCUCCCUCCACCUGGCUAUAAUGUGCUGCCUCCGCCAUCUAUUGAAAAUGUAGGAAAUCCCAAACCAAAGAAGAGAACAGAACCAGUGAAAAUCACGGUCCCUGAGCUGCACACAGCGGGUUCCGAUUCAGAGGAAGAUGAACCAACUACGAAGAAAGCAGUGGUCCAGGGAUCGAGAGAGGGGUAUGGUUUAUCUGCUUUACUGCCUCAGCCAAAAAAUGCUUCCGGCUCAGACUCAAAACGGCAGCUUCUUCCAUACAACUUUUUAAAGAAAGCCUCCAAUCCAGCCAGUGAUCUUAAGCACCCCAGAUCCACUCCUCUAACCAAACCGAAACUGUCUUCAAAACCUGAAGUCUCUCACACGCCGUCUCCGUCGGCCAUCAAAGCUGCAGCUAAGAACGCCGCCCUGCAGGUCACCAAGCAGAUCACACAGGAAGAAGAUGAGGAUAGUGACGAGGAUCUCCAGCACGGCAAUUUCUUCUCCCUGUCAGACACCAAGGAGACCCCUGCCAUGAUGAGAGAAAGCUAUCCAUACCCUGCCCCUACAGUCGAUGAAACUGCACCCCCUGGAGUUGAGCCUGUCGAGUUGCAGGAUGAUGCAGCUAAUGCACCCCUAGACUUUAAGACUGCAGCAGGUUCAAGUGACAACCACCAAUGGCCUGCCUCAAAUGCAGAAGCCUACUCUAGCCAGCAGUACAGUCAGUAUCCGGAGUAUGCCGACACCUCUGCAUCAGGUUAUUACCAGGAUUAUUACAGCAGUGACUACUAUCAAGAAUCUGAUUCUUCUUCUGCAGCUCUGAAAGAGACUGCUGCUGCCGCUGCGGAUUCUUUUAUGGACGAUGAAGCGUUUAAACGCCUGCAAGGGAAACGGAACCGAGGCAGAGAGGAAAUUAACUUUGUGGAUAUUAAGGGGGAUGAUCAGCUAAGUGGGAACCAGCAGUGGCUGACGAAAUCUUUGACAGAAGAGAAGACUAUGAAGUCUUUCAGCAAGCGGAAAGGAGAGCAGCCAACAGGGCAACAAAGAAGAAAGCACCAGAUCACAUACCUCAUCCAUCAGGCUAAGGAGAGGGAGCUAGAGCUGAAGAACAGUUGGUCAGAUAACAAGAUGAGCCGACGACAGACACAGGCAAAAUAUGGUUUUUGAGAUGCUAAUAUGGCCUGUUUGAAUAGAGCAAAAUGGCCAUAUGGGAGAGGUCAAAAAGCAGACUGUACUGCCGUGAACUAGUGCUGACAGUUCCAUGACACCGCACUCUGCUGGCCUGCCCUGUCCAAGCAAAGAGAGGUUUCACAGUUCAGACGGGAGUAGGGAAAGGGCUUCUCUGAGGAUUACUACUCUGAGUUUUGUUCGGCUGCAAUGCAGUUUAUCUCCUGCUCUGCCAGAAUCCGUGCCACGCAGUACUGUCUGUGUUUUUAACUGGUACGGGAGAAGUUAAAUCAGAGACUGCAAGGUGUAAUGGGAUGCUGCCCUUUUGUUUAAGUUCUAUUUCAGCUACUACUGUGAUGGGUUAUUAGUGUCUCUUGAGACCUAUUUUCUUUACCCAGUCGCCCAUGCAACUAAACGUAUACCCCUUGCUGCCAUAGAGGUCUGCUUCUUAAUAGAUCGGCGGGGAAGAGGCCAAUACAAGCUGAACAUUGAUUCAUUCUCCCAGUAUUUUAACUGAGCUAGCAAAAUUCACACAUUAUUCUGUAUUUCGGUGGUGUUAUAUUUGUAAAUAGCGUAAACUGUACAUACAUAUAUAUUUUUUGAGUUUCUCCUGUAGAUUUUGUUGAAUACAGUGGCUCAAAAAAUUACUUUGAUUUAGCUAUGAUAUUUGCAGUUCAGCCCUUAGGAGAGUACAAUUGGAUUCUAUUCCCAGUGUGCACCCUUUGGCAAAAUAUUUAUAGAAUUUGUUUUGCUUCCGUGCUCGCCAGCUAAAGGCAGGGUGGGGGUGGCGGUGAGCAGAAGGUCCAUUGCCGAAGGCACUUUCCUCUGCACCUACACAUUUAGCGUAACAUAAUGUUUCCGAAUUGGGCAUCACAACUUUUACUUUAUACAGCGCUCUCUCUCCCUCCCUGAUUAUUUCUUUAUGGUGUUUCUGCCACUGAAGAAAGUAGCAUUUUGUACACUUGGUAACCUAGUAAAGGAAACUGUUUAUUGUA